ACUUGUUGUGCACUCUCGUGUCCGCGGUCCCGUCCAUUAUCAGCCGCAACAUGCAGGCUACUGUAGGCUUAUUCGCCUUAGCGGUCUUGUUCUGCCUAGCCGACGCAGGUAGAAUCUCGGUAUCCAGAGGAAAAAAUGUCACAAAAAUUGAUGAUUUGUGCGCCAGAAUGCACAACAACACUGCUCUUGAAGGAUCAUCUCCAUUGCUGAUGAUGCAGGCAACCGCCUACGAGUGUCAGAAGAAAUGCGUGGACAUCUUCCCAGAGUGCUCCGCAGUGGUUUACUACUACUUGCAUAACGAAACAAAGAAGCAUUUCUGCUACCUCUUCUCCGACAACUCGGUUCAAGAUAAAAUUGACCUUGUCGAGCAAAAGCCAGAAAACAAGAAAGAUAUUGUUAGAAUGCUCGAACUGGUCGUCGACUGCCACCAAUUUGAUGCUCAUCCACCACUGGAGGAGGACGGUUUGGCUUCGUCUACCGAUAAGGUUGACAGAAAGAAGAGACAACAAGGCGAUGAAGCUGUUGAAGGAGUCGGAGAUUGGACAGAUUGGUCCCAUUGCUCCAGUAACGGACACGAGGUGCGCUCUCAGGCAUGCGAAUACGGAAGAAAAAUCCAACGUCGUGGAUGUCCAGCUAGAUCUGCUCCACAAAGAGUCCCAGCUCCACCAGCGCAGCAGUAUGCGCCACGUGCCCCAGAGUACCCAAGUGCACAGCAACAGCAGCAGCAAAGGGAACAGCAACAAAGAGAACAACAACACAGAGAACAUCAGGCUCGUCUUCAGCAGCACCAGCAACAACAACAACAACAGCAACAGCAGCAGCAGCAACGUCCACCACAGCCACAGCCACAACCACAGCCACAGCCACCACAGCGACCACCACAACAGCCACAGUCCUUCUCUGGAACUCACGAGCUUCAUCUUCAAAGGCAGAGAGAACAACAGCAGCAACAACAACAACAGCAGCAACAACAGCAGCAACGUCAACAAAAUCCACAGCAACAGCCACAACAGACAACACAGUUCGGACAAUCUCAAAUCCAACUCCAAAGUGGGCCAGUCCCUCCACAACAACAUCCGCAACAGCAGCAGCCACAGCAGCAACCAGAACUUGAGCGUUCUCCACUCGAUCAACAUGCUCAACUCUAUCAGCAGAGAAUGUCUCAAUACCGCGAGAACUUCAAUCAGAGACAUCCAGCUCGUCCAAAGGCUGAUCCAUGCCCAGGAGGUUUCUGCGCCCCAGUUCCACAGGCCCCACAACAAGAACGCCCAACACCACCGCCAGUUCUUGCUCCAGUGAUCAACACUGCCACUCAGCCACCACUUCCACAGCCCUACCCAACCAGAUAUCGUCCAGCUCCCCCACCACCGCCAGCAUGCGAUGGACAAGGAUGUGUCAACCCACCAGUUGUUUCUGGAGUUUGGCAUGAUUGGUCUGACUGGUCUACCUGCUCAUGCACCUGUGGAGAUGGAGCUAAAUCAAGAAGACGUGAAUGCUCCACCAAUAACUGCCAAGGAGCUGAUUAUGAGACUGAGCCAUGUAAUCUUGGCCCAUGUCAGACAUGGUCUGAAUGGUGCGAGUGGUCAACUUGCUCUGCUAGCUGUGGAUCAGGUCAACGCGAGAGAACUCGAUUCUGUCAUCUUGGUACAAACAGAUGUGAAGGAAAGGACUACGAAUCUGAGCAAUGCAGUGCUGGACCAUGCCCAGAAUGGUCUCAAUGGGAAGAUUGGGGACAAUGCUCUGUGACUUGCGGACAAGGAGUCGCAGUUCGUCAGCGUACAUGUCUCGGAGGUGUUUUCGGUGAUCAUCUCUGUCAAGGACCAAAGACUGAACAACGUGCCUGUGAUGGUGGACCAUGCUCUCUUUGGUCUCCAUGGCAAGAGUGGUCUACAUGCUCGGCUUCAUGCGGAAGCGGAAUGAAGCGGAGACAACGUGUCUGCCAAUUUGGAACUGAUUGCCAAGGACCAAACGAAGAGAGCCAAUUCUGCUACGGACCUCCAUGUGCCGAGUGGACAGAGUGGUGCGAGUGGUCAGGAUGCUCUUCAAAGUGCGGACCCGGACAACGGACUAGAACUCGUGGGUGCCUUGGACCAAACGGGCAAGAAGCCACUACUUGCCAAGGACCAAGUAUUGAAACUACCCUUUGCGAAGGGCAAUCUUGCUGCAACUGGUCUGAGUGGUGUCACUGGUCCAUGUGCGACAAGGAAUGCGGGGGUGGUCAGUCAAUUCGCACUCGUACAUGUUUGAACAGCGCUGGAAGUCCGGAUUCAUCAUGCCACUGCGAUGGACCAGAUCGUGAAGAAAAGGAAUGUAACAGUCAGUCAUGUGCUCCUCAAUGCGCUUGGAAUACUUGGUGCGAAUGGAGUCCAUGCUCAACACAACUUGCAUGCGAAGUUGGAGUACAAUCUAGAAGCCGUCAAUGUGUUGGAGAAUCCGGAUGUCACUGCAUCGGUCUUGCCGAAGAAUCCCAGCAAUGCCGUGGAUUGACUCAGUGCCCACCAAAGCCACCAUGCUAAUUUUUUGUGUUAAAAAAAAUCAGUCAGACAGGGUUACAUCGCCCAUUUCUUUCAUAUUUAUGUUUUUCAAUUUGUACUUAUAUUCAAUACUUUCAUACAACACCGCCUCAAAUAGUCGAAUCUCUAUAUCUAGUCAAUUAAUUGUAUUUUUCACGUCUUCCAUUAUGCAAAUGCCUUUCAACGAUAGGUUAAAUUAAAGUUUGUUUUAUCUUUGAAAUUUAUGUUUUAAUAGCAUUCACUGCCAUAAUUUGCAUUUUCAAUGUGGUUUAAAUUUUUAUUCUUAAAUUCUACAAUAAAGUUGUUUCAC